AUGGAUGCAGAGUCUCCUCCCCCUACAGGAUCAAAUGUCGAACUCCCUCUGACAAAACACACACCCUGAGGUAUCAGCAUUAUCAAUGGGGGUGGGGGGCAGCAGUGGGCUGGCCUGUGAUUGGCUCAUGCGCGCUCUAAUUGGAUCAAGUAGGAACUUGCUUAGCUGGAUGCUUUGUGCUGGGAUCAGAGACAGGAAGAGGAAGAGAGGGAGGAGGCCACGCUCACUCUGCUAUCACUGAGAGAGGAGGAGACAGAGGAGGAGACAGAGGAGGAAAGGGGAGUAUCCCGCCCUCUGCUGCAGCCCCCUCCUCUCUGUAAGUCUUUCUCUCUUGUUCUCCUUACUCAUCUGUUUCUGCUGCCGGAGAGGAAGGGCACCUGCCGCUCCCUGAUGAUUCAGCGUUCGCUGUGUUGGACGUGCAGCAGACAGCAUGCAUCUGCAGAGCUGGGCCAUCCCGUCUUCAUCUCUUCAACUGCUGCAGCUGCAGCCGUCCCAUCACGUCCUCCCUGCCCGUCCUUCAUCCCAGCUCAGGUGAGUUGGAGCUCGUCUUCACUUUGCACCGUCUCCAACCAUUAGAGAGUCUCACCCUGGGUUUCUGUCCCGGUCUGCAGCGAAUCUGA